AUGCAUAAUGAGCAGUAUCGACAUUUUGAUAGAGAGGCUGUGAUUGAAUCAAUCGACAUCGAAUCUCUUGAAAAGCUUUAUGAGAAUCAAAAUCCUCCAAAAACAAGACGAUCCUUGAGGGAACGAUUUGAUCAUUUGAAAAAGAUUCCGGCAGGAGAACUUCGACUAGACUUCAGCUUCAACUUGCCACCAAACUGUCUCUCGACAUUUCACUCAUUUGAUGGAAAAAUUCUCUAUUCGGUGAAAGCCGAAGUGGACACAGGACGGUGGAAUUUUAACAAAACAACGGCUUCGGAGUUCACUGUCGUAAAGCCUUGUGACUUGAGCUUGAAUCCAAAACUCCUUGCCACUCAUCGAGCAGAGAAAUCUCACAACAUUGGCAUCCCAUUAUUUCGAAAAGGAAAUGUGACCUUGACGGCUACGAUCUCAAAAAUUGGCUUUGUGCCAAAUGAAACUUUGAACAUAAACUUGAUUGUAAACAAUGAGAGCAAAAGGAAAGUUGAUAUGUUAAAAAUCUCAUUGGAAGGAACACAAGAACUUUUGGCUUUUGAAUUUGGAAAAAAGCAAUAUUCGAUUGAAGAUGGCUUUCAAAAUGAAAAAGCACAAUUCGAUGAGAGAAAGAUAUUUUCAAAGCAUCAUGGGAAAAUGAAAUGUGCAAUCAAUGUUCAACCACACUGCACAGAAUCUCUUGUGAUUCCAUUCGAAAUCCCUUGCGUUCCCUCUUCAUUUGAAUGUGCGAUUAGCCGGCUGUUCUACGUGUUAAACGUUUCAAUUCGUUCCAAAGAAACGCUAAACUCUUCAACGAGUUGUCAGCUUCCAAUUGUAAUCGGUGAUAUUGGAUUUGAAAAAGUUGGAGAGUACGAUCCUCCACCUGUUUACGCAGAGAAACCUAAAAUGAAGCCCGGUUCC